CAAGUUUGUCAAGUGAUGUUUGCAGAUUGAGAACUGAAGUUGAGAACACCAGGGAAUGGGAUUAGACAAAAACACGCCAAACUAUUUGAAGUAGAAAAUGUCAGGACCUCAAUGCUGUGAUAACCCGCCAACACUUAACCGAGCUAGCGGUUCUGGCCACGUUGAGGAACUGGGUGGACUCGAUUCCUAUGUCACUGGCCCUUCUGACUCAAACAGCGCCAUUCUUCUCGUCUCUGAUGUAUUUGGAUAUGAAGCUCCAAACUUGAGGAAGCUUGCAGAUAAGGUUGCAGCUGAUGGAUUCUGUGUUGUAGUUCCUGACUUCAUACGCGGAGAUCCUUAUGCCCCUGAUGAUAAAGAGAGACCCAUACAAGUUUGGCUAAAGGAUCAUGAACCGGUUAAAGGAUCUGAAGAUGCUAAAAAGGUGAUUGCUGCACUUAAAAGCAGAGGCAUUUCUGCAGUUGGAGCUGCAGGAUUUUGCUGGGGUGGCAUGGUGGUUGUAAAACUAGCAAGCUCUGAUGAUAUUCAGGCCGCAGUUAUAUUGCAUCCUGGCUGGAUUACAGCUGAUGAGAUUAAUGCUGUGAGGGUUCCAACUGCUAUAUUGGGUGCUGAGACAGAUCAGAUUUCCCCACCAGAACAAAUGAAACAAUUCGGAGAGAUAUUAGCAGCGAAACCUGAGUUUGAGAGUUACGUAAAGAUAUUCGAUGGAGCUGUUCAUGGAUGGACACUGCGGUAUAAUGAUGACGAGGAUUCGGCUAUCAAGAAAGCUGAAGAAGCUCAUUCAGACUUGUUGAAUUGGUUUACCAAGUUUGUCAAGUGACAUUUGCAGAUUGAGAAUUGAAGUUGAGACACUCGGGAAUGAGAUUAGGUGCAACAGAACUUAUCAGAUUGUAGAAACCGAAAUAAAUGUUUGAGCAUCGUUACUAAAUGAAAACCAUAUGUUGUAUUAAAUACUUCUAUUGAUAAAUGUGAUAUUAUUAGAAAAUAAAUAAGUGGUGAAAUUAAUAUCUAA